AAAAUAAAUUAGUAGAGGCUAUUCUAGGAAAGCGUAGCUAGUUAGGAGGAGUCCGGGCCGCGGCGUUCCUUCUGUGAGUGAGUGUGUGUAUGUAGUGCGAAACCCUGUCUAAAGACAACUGAAGAAGAGUAGGGGCUAGUGGAAGUGCGAAAUCAAAAGCUUUAAUUAGGUGAAGCAAGGCAGUGGUUAGGAGUAAAUACGAUACCGUAUGCUAUCUCGGCAUGGUGAGUGUCUCCCUAGCUGUUGCCAAACCCUGAGACAUACUAUUUAUACAAACAGUAGAAUUAUAAUGGAGAUUACAAAUUUAUAAAACUUUGAGAAUAAUGCAAAUGACAAGUUUCAGGAAAAUUGUUACACUUGGUCGUCAAUCUCUGUUACCCGGUAACUUUCAUCAUUCUUUACUGAUGGUCACUGCUACUAGGUGGUUUAUUGCCCAUUCUCCUCAAGUUCCAUCAUAUCCAAAUACAUUGAGUUCAUUAGUGCCGCACUGGACUGAAAUACUAAAGAAAGGAUGUGUUGCAGAUGCUGAAAUUAAUGUAGAAAUUAUCUUGUUGUACAUGCUUAAAAAGUCAGUCAGAGGGAAUCUCCAGAAUGAAGACACAGAUAGUGGAAAGGUGUCUUUGCUUCGGAAGAGUUAUCAUCAGCACGUGUCAACUGAAUUUAUAUCAGAGGUCAAUGAACUAUGCCGGAAAAGAGCCCAAAGAAUGCCUGUGCAGUAUGUGAUUGGUGAAUGGGACUUCAGAGACAUGACAUUGAAAAUGGUACCUCCAGUGUUUAUCCCUAGGCCAGAAACUGAGAUGUUAGUGGAACUGAUAAAGACUAGUGAUCAUCUAUCAAGAGAGGAUGAGGUGAAGUUUCUGGAAGUUGGUUGUGGCACCGGAGCCAUCUCAAUAUCGCUUCUUAGAGAGUUUCCAAAGGCAUCUGCAGUUGCGAUUGAUUCAAGUAUGGAUGCUGUAAAUCUCACCAUCGAGAAUUCUAAACGAUACCAUUGUCAAGAACGCCUUAAGACGUACCACCACCACCUUGAUACAACAUGUCCAGAGUUCCUAUCAGUACUUCCGAGAUUUGAUUUCAUUGUGAGCAAUCCGCCAUAUAUUUUCUCCAAAGAUAUGUGUAAAUUAGAGCCAGAAAUAUCAAGAUAUGAGGACCAUAGGGCCCUUGACGGUGGCCCGGAUGGAAUGAACGUACUCAGGAAAAUUGUUCGCUUGUCUGAUUAUUUACUUAAACCAUCUGGUAUGAUCUGGUUUGAAACAGAUAGUAACCACCCCAAGAUGAUCAAAGAGUGGCUAGAAAAUGAACCAGAUUUAGAUGUUAAGCAUCUGAACAGUUUGACAGAUUUUAAUCAGAGGCCUAGGUUUGUGCAAUUAUGUUACCAACCAAGCAGUGAACUGUCUUGACAGAUGCAGUCCAAGCAGAUGUUGGUGAAUACCAUGGAACACAUUUAAUUAUAUUAUAAUAAUUAUAAUUUUUAACUUGUUUUUAUAUAGCAUAUAAUAAAUAGCAAUUAAAUAGGAAAAAUAUUAUUAAUUAUUAUAAUUAAGUUGACCAGGUAGUCGAUACAUUCAAUUUGGUACUACUUUUUGUAGUGCCAUAGACACUGGCAGUCUGACAGGGGAUCCAAAUUAAAGGCUCACAUAGAACUUGGUCUUUGUUUAAGGCAUUUUACCCACAGUUCUUCCCAGGAGUACAAGUGGGUACCUGAUAGCUUCAAAUACUAACUGCACUGAUUACUAGUUAUUUUUUAAAUAAAUCAAAUCAAAUAAAUAAACACCUGUAUUUUAGCUAAGGAAAUUAUUGGCCCAUCAUUUAAUAUUAAACCAAGUACUAUGUAUUUUAAAGUUCGUUUUAAAUUUCAUUUUUGCUUUAGAGAAAAAGAUGACCCAAAUGUUACAAAGUUAUAUGAACAAUAUUAGAGAGUAACAUUGUAUUACAAAAUUU